AUGACGUCCCACCGGUACAUUCCGCGCGAGCCUGAUCUGGACGACCCGAGGCGAAUCAUGGUGCAAGUACACUUCCUCCGCGGUCGCUCCCGCCGUAUGCUCCUCGUUCCCAUGGGUCGGGACAUGAUGAUCUAUGACCUUCUGGAGAAGAUUGCCGCCCAACUUGAUGAGGACAAUAGCAGUCUUUUCCUCAAGUUCGGCGAGUUGGGCGAGGACCGCUUCCUCGGCGGUGGCGAGUAUCUGUAUGAGCUCACGCAUGCCGGGCAGAAGCACGUCGAGAUGGAUCUGGAGAUCAUCAACGAUGAGUCGGACUCGGACGACGAGUUCGACCUGCUCAAUCUCCACGCCAGGUUAUAA